AUGGUGGACAAGAAAGGGGAAAUUGAAGAUAUAUUCGACCAGCGAUGUAAAAAUGACAGCAAUGCAGCUAACCUAGCUGGUAGAAUCAAUGAAGAUAUUCAAUUUUUUGCUAAAAAUCGAGAACAAAUUAUUUUUGAGUUGCUACGAAACGCCAACGAUCACAGCGAUAUCAGCUUAUCAUUCAAGAUUGAAAUCAAAGAAAGAUAUUUAAGCGUUUCACAUACAGGCAAAGCUUUUGAUCUUGGAAAUGUCGAGGCUAUCUGUGGCAAUACACAAUCAAAAUCUAAUAGCAAGAAGAACAACUCAAAUAAUAACGAUUAUAUAGGUAUGGGAUUUAAAUCGGUAUUCGUUUUUUCAGACGCCGCUUUUAUCAAAUCCGGCGGAUAUACUUUUCGCUUCGAUAGUUCUUAUCAAAAAUGGAAUAAACCUUCUCAAUCAGAUCUAGCUUCUGAUUAUCCAUGGCAAGUUAUUCCAAUCUGGACAGAGAAUAAAGAUCUACCACACCGUAUUGCAAAUGUUCCUCCAGGCUAUAACACCCAAUUCCUAUUCAAACUCAAAAAGGAUGAGAUUAUUGAGGACUUGUUCCAAGAUCUUAAAAAAUCACUGCUAUUUAUGCUGUAUCUACGAAAGAUAAAAAUGAUUUCUUUAGAAACUUGUACGAAUAAGACGAAUAAUACAAAUAAUACAAAAAUCUGUUUAGAAAGAACUUCACGAGAUGAAAAUGAGUGCAGCAAUACAGAAUCAGGAAAGACUGCCGGACUAGAAUCCCCAAAAAAUAAUACAUACUUGAAGCGAUACGAAAUCAAGAAAGACUCAACGACUCCAAAGAAAAAAACAAAUAAAACAUCUUGGCUGGUAACAGAGCGCACCAUAGAUAUUCCUGAAGAUUUACAAGAGAAACUCCAACAUUACAAUCGUUAUGAAUGCCCACAGACGCUAAAGAAAGCUAAAAGCACACGUAUCAUGUUUGCUAACAGAUUGAAUAAGGAAGGCAAAAUAACCAAUGAAGCUAAAAAAAAAAAAUUAUUUAGUUACUUUCCAACAAACAUUGAUCUUAACUAUCCAUUCUACAUCAUUUCUGAUUUCUUAAUCUAUCCGGAAAGGAGGCAGUUACUAGUAAAUGAAUGGAAUUUAUUCUUAUUCCAGAAUAUCGGAAGUUCACACAUACUUUCACUACAAACUAUUGCUCGAAAUGAUAAAAAAAAUCGCAACUUAAUAUUGGAUUUAUUUGAACAAAAACUGGGAAACAAUGUCCCAAAAGAGUUGCAAGAAGCUUACAAAGAAGGGGUUCAAAAAGCUCUGGAAGAUACUGAAUUCAUUCCGUCUGAUUCAGAUCCAAAAAAAUUGCUGAAAUUCAAUGAGGCUAUUAUAGAUGAAAUCGAAUUCUACAAGACAUUUUCGUUUCUGGACAACGAUAAUGCAUCUAAAAUUGUACAUCACGAUUUAAAAGCUCUAAAGAAAGAGAUGCGUAAGUUUUCGCUGAAGGAAUUAUCCGAAAAAGUAGAAAUAUAUGCCGAUGAAUGUUUGAAAAAAGAAGAUGGUAGAGAAAAAUACCUAAAGUUAAUUAAAAUGUUGAUAGGUUUGUGGAAUAAAUCUGAAUCUGAAUCUGAAAGGGAGGAUUAUAAGGAUAAAAAAAUUUUAUUGGCCAACAAUGAUAUUUUAUUUUCAAGUUCCAAUUUAUUCUUACCUAAUCCUAAAUAUCAAAAAUUUGCAGCUAAACUCCAACUUACUCUUAUUAGUAAAGAUAUAUUGAAUAUUCCCGAUGCCAAACCAUGUUUAGAAAGCCUUGGACUCAAAGAAAUACAAGACCAAAUUAUUAUUGAAAAGAUAGCUAAAUUAUUAAAAGAUGGAGAAGACAUUGAUAAAGAUUUCUCAAUUGAAAUUGUGGUAUUUUUAUGUCAAUUUAGCGAUAAUUUAGAGAUUGAAUCCGGCAAGAAUGGAGGAUUAUUAAAUUUGAAAUUGGCAGUAACUAAUGGAUCCAUGCAAUUAGCUAAAGAUUGCUAUUUACCAUUAGAAAUUGUCUUUGAAAACCCACCGACUAUAUGCCAUGACGUCAAUUACGUUUCACAAGAUUAUUAUGACAAACUAAAAUCAGUACUAGAAGACGAACAAAGCGAGAACUUAAAGUCAACAUUAAAACACACAUUAAAACAAUUAGGCGUGCUAGAAACUUUAAAUUUUUUUUGUGAUUCUGCUACAUAUAACACCCUUCUAAAGAAAAAAAUACCUGCAGAUGAUCUUAAAUGUUAUAAAUGCUAUUUGGAGAAUUAUCAACAUUUAACCUUUUCAGAUGACUUUCAGUUUCAUAUUGCUUAUCUACCUUAUAUAAAUUGCUUACCUGAAGCUGAUUAUGCGAGAAUAUUCUUUCAAUAUUUACAAAGUAGGGAGAAAGAUAUAAUUGAUAAUAUUGAAAAAUUUAAGGAUGACAUUAAAAAGAAUCGACUAAAUAGUAAUCAGCAAGAUGACCCCGAACACUAUUUAACAUUUAUGCUUAACAAAGCUGAAUGUAUUAAAGCAACUAAUGAUAACUGCUAUCGCAUGAAUCAAUUGUAUACAAAUGAAUCAACUUUUAUCGAUGAUUUAGGUGAAGACCUAGGUAGGAUAUUACCGCAAAUGCAAACCAUAUUCGAUGACUGCACUAUUACUCUAUCGAGCAAGCUUAUGCACCUACUAGGAGCCCGUAAGACAUUAAGCGUUGAAGAUGCUAUUAAAUUAUUUGAAGCUAUCACUACUAAGGAGAACGAAUAUAUUACCAAAUUCGGUAACAUAUAUCAAAAGAUUAUUAUAUCACAGUGGGAUGACCAAGAUUUAGAAAAGCUACGAAAGGCAAAUAUUGAACUACCGUCGACAGAUGGAAGUCUAAAAUUGGCUAAAUCACUUUGUUUCAUAUCCUGUCCUAAAACUUUUGUUCAACCUAAUCAAUACAUGUUAAAACGACCUGAUAACUUAACAAUAGCGAAUAUGAAAAUUAUAUGUAAAUACUUUUCAAUCCAGAUUAUUGAUGAAAAAUCGAUAAACGGGUCUAUUAUAAAAGAGGAUUCAUCGCUUUCGUGUGACAAAACAAGACAAUUGAUAUUUAAUCUAUUACUGUACACAACACUUUCAGUGAAUGAAAGAAAAGAUUACAUUAAACAACUUUACGAUAAAUGGCGUAAUUGUCUAAAGAAUAUAAAUUUUAAUCUAGUUGAUAGCUUGUAUAUAAAACGAUCUCCUGAUAAGGAAGACCAGAAUCGUUUUUCAGCUAAAGUUAUUCUUUACGAUCAGGAUUUAUCAUUCGUUAAAGAUAUUCUUCUAAAAGACAUUAUAGAUGUUUUAAUUAAUUAUUUAAAGUCAAAUCUAGACCAAGAAAAAGAAAAAACUCACGUAGACGUUUUGCGUCGGCUAUCUUGCACUUGGGACCCCGAAGAUCUUUCAAAAUGGCUUGAAGAACAAAUGUCUGAUAGCUUAGGGAGUCCUAGAAAUGAUAAGGACCUAAAGAUAAAGUUAGAAGAUUUGAAAUUCGUUAAUUCUAACGAAGUUGAUAACCUAGGUAAACCUAAUUCUGGUCGAAAUCAUGCAACAAAUUUUCCAAUUAUUACUCGAGAAGGGGUUACUUCGAGAUUAUCGAAGCAACCAUUUAACCAAUCGCAGCCGUCAUCUAUCCAUACAGACCCAAAUAAGCAAUCACCAUGUAGCAUUCCAAGAGCAAAUGAAAAACAGGAGAAUUCUGAAAUAUCUAAAGCAAGUAAUCAGGAAAUUGGUAAAUGGGGCGAAAAAUUUGCUUAUUUAUAUCUUCAGGACUACUAUAAGAGAGACCUUAAAGAAUUCCAUGUUGACACUGAUGGUAAUUCGUAUACUCUAUCUGGGUACGAUAAGAAUGAUAAAAAAGUAACGUAUAAAAUUGUCUGGGAAAACUAUGAAAAUGAAAGUAAAAAACCAUAUGAUAUAAAAAUUACUAAGAAUGACGAUCCAGAGUCGUACGUCGAAGAGUCGUACGUCGAAGUUAAAUCGACCACUUAUCAUGAUAACGCGUCCUUUAAUAUUACAGAAAAAGAAUGGGAGACAAUGUGCGAUGAGGGUAAUAAUUAUGAAUUAUUCCUUGUCUAUAAUGCUGGCAACAAAAGGGAAGGACCAAUAAAAAGGAUUAAAAAUUUACCAUCUAAAAUUACUACUUCUCAUCGGCCACUUAGAUUAGUAAGAAAGAACUUAUGGAGUUUAAGUUUAACUAUUUCGGCAUCAAAAAAUGACAAAGCCUUUGAAAUUAAGGAUCCGCUAAAUUACCCUUAG